UCCAUGAUUGAAAGAAAUGAAAUCCGAUGAAUGAAAGGGGUGGAGCCAGGGACAGCCAGGCUGGGCUAGAUGGAGAGGAGCCGGUACACCUGUGCAAGACUGAAGGGGAGGAGCCGGUACACCUGUGCAAGACUGAAGGGGAGGAGCCGGUACACCUGUGCAAGACUGAAGGGGAGGAGCCAAUACACCUGUGCAAGACUGAAGGGGAGGGCCGGUACACCUGUACAAGACUGGAGGGGAGGAGCCGGUACACCUGUGCAAGACUGGAGGGGAGGAGCUGGUACACCUGUGCAAGACUGAAGGGGAGGAGCCGCCGUUACACCUGUGCAAGACUGGAGGGGGAGGAGCCGGUACACCUGUGCAAGACUGAAGGGGAGGAGCCGGUACAUCUGUGCAAGACU